CAAGAACGGUGGCGAGUCUUUACUGACAGAAACGCAGACCUUACUAUAGACUUACCAAAAACCAAAACACUUGCGAAAUGGUGCACCAGGCAUGGCUUUGCUCUCCAAACGAACCUUGCGAGGCCUAGUAUCUGAGGUCCUUUGCACUCGGGGGGAAGAGGAGUGUGACGUAGCCACGCCAGGGCUGCAGCGUCCUCCGGAGCAGCAGCGCUUGGUAUUUAGUCCUUACGCUCCCAUAGCUGUCACCUGCUGUGAGCAGAAUCCAUUGAGCGCGGCCUUGCAGGCAGUCCAGGCUGUCAUCUUCCAGGAUUCGCGUGCGCUUGGGCGUUUGGUGAAACCUAGGGUAAUUGUAGAUUCACCAGAGGAGCUCUCUCCGGUUGCGCUUGUAUCGCUCGUCUACGAUUACUGGCAGCCCACGUCAUCUGACCGGAAGCUAGGACCACAGCAGCACCUGCGAAUUCCUCUGGACGCCCGUUACCGCAGCACUUCGGUCUUCUCUGUAUCUGCGAUCCUUGUGGGCAGGCCGGGCGGAACGCUUGCCUUACCCGGGCAGCACGAGUGGUCUGGGAGCAAAACGGCAGCGGCAGUAAAUCAGCAUCAACAGCGGAUCAAAUACAUUCAGGAGUCGCAGCGGCGGUACGCUCAGGGAGAAGGCAAGGACAGCCCGAACCGGCAUCCGCUUGCACGCAGUGAAGCGGAAUAUACAAUAGAGACAGGUCCAGAGUGGGAAGCGUCUUCGUUAGCGCUGACAUUCAACACCGCAUCGGAGCUUCCGUGGCUGCAGCGCGUCAUCCUGAAGCUGCUGGUCAUUCCCCAGGAGCCCGUUGAUGACAAGGGAGGCCCAGCUGAUCACAACAGAGCAGAGGUCACGGUCAGCAGCUUCGACUCGGGCAACCCAGGCUGUGUAGCUAUGGCCAGUGCGUCUACGACGCAGCCGGUGCCGCAAGGUCACAGCGGACACCAGCAAACAACUAGCGGGAGAGUAAAGAGUGCAGCGGAUGACCAGCAUUCCUCAUCGCAGCUGCGGCAAGGAAAGGCAUCUUCAUCGGGUGCUGCUGGUGGGUAUACGGCAAACAUGGGGGCAGGCUCUCAAGAGGCGGCAUCGGCUGCUGCGGCUAUGGGCAGCCCCGCGGCUCCGGAGUGUGAUGCACCGUCUUCUGCAGGGGUUAAGCAGAUGGACUCGGGUGGCGCGCAUAUGGGCGAUGCGGCAAGUCGCGGUACCGGCAGUUUCGGAGGAUGCGACCCGCAGUCCAGUGAGGGCAUCAGCGGUAGCAUUGCCGAGCACGGAGGGGAAAUCUGUCCGGCGGUCGGUUUGCCAGCUACAAGAGGGUCAGAGCCGCAGUCAGGAAGGCGCCGGUCGGAAGUAGCGGAGGGCAGUACACCGGUUGCGCUUGAGCAGCAGCCGCAGGUCAUGGUGCGCGGGGCCUUGUGUGACGUGCCUGCCGGCAGCCUGAGCGAUCGGGAUACGGGCUCCCAGUCUCGCCGUGGGGAAGGGGACAGCAAGUGCGAGGCUCAGGUGGUGGUAGCGCCGGAGGAGCGUCAUGUGGGGGGAAGCCCAAUCUCAGAAGCCAAGCCUACGGUGAAGUUGAUACCAGGGCCGGCUUCUCCCGGGGAGCCAGCGCAGUCGGACUUCCUGCUGUCGCCCGGGUCGGCGGGAUCAGGGGCAGUGGAGGUGGCCGUUGCGAUACGGGAGCGCACCUCUUGCGGCGGCGAUGAGGUGACAUCCAUGUGCAAGAGUGGAUGUUGCGGCACGGAGGCUGGCGUUCCUGCCGCCGUUGAUGCGUCUGAUCGUGGCAGCUCCGCAAGCAGGGGCGGUAAGCCUUCGUCAUCAGUGCCAGCAGCGAUUGCAUGUGGGUCAACACGUGCGGCAGCCGUUGCGGUACCUGCGGCUGAGAGUGCUGGAGCGGAACAACAGUCGUCCCCGUCGUCGGUGGGUGCUGCUUUAGCGGCAGCAUCUAAUUGCGGCGCGGCCCUGGAGCUCCCAACAAAGCACGCACAGCAGCUGCCCUCUGCCUCCCAUAGAGCAGAGGCAGCUACGGGCGCUUGCAACGGCUCUGGGGUGGCAUUCUUGCAACCCCUGCCUUCAUCCACUGCGCCGCCGCCGCCUCCACCACCACCGCCGCCCCCGUCGCAGCGGCAGUACCCCAACGGAGCUCCGUGGCCGCAGCCGCACGUGAAGGGCUCUGGGCAAGUGCAAGACCAGCACCAUCAAAUGCACCAGGCGGCCGCCUCAGCCCCAUCCCACAUGUCACAGAUGCCGCACCUGCCGCCGCAUCACCACAUGGGCCAUGCCCACGCAAUACCCAACGGGCAACCGCACACCUAUCCCAAUGGCCUGGAGGCUGCGGCGCUGUUGCAGCAACUGCUAAUGGCGCAGCAAAACGGGCCUCUGCAGCUGCAGCUACAUCAGCAGCACCAGCAGCUGCAGGGACUGUUGUCGAGCCAACAUAUGUACGGAUGGCAGCAACACCACCACCAUCCGCACCAGCAACUCGCGGCAGCGCCCCCGCAGCCGCACCUGCAAGUGCAGCAACAGCAGCAGCAACAGCAGCUCAUGCACCAUGCUGCAGUGCAGCAGCAUGUUCUCCAACAGCACAUGUUGCAGCAGGCAGUGGCUCAGCAGCAGCAACAGCAUCACCAGCAGCAGCAGCAGUUGCUGCUGCAGGGCCUUGCGCACGUCCAUAUGGGACAUAGCGAGUCGCACGGAGCUGCAGUGGCGUCGCCGACGCUGCCGGUCGAGUCGUCAUCAGGCUCCUCUUUCACUGCUCAGGCAGCACCAGCCGCGGUGGCUACUACAGCUGCGUCGUUGCAGCCGGCUCAAGCUGCAGCAGCGGAUUCGCCAUCCGCAGCUGCGGUUGAACCCCAGCCACACCCCUCCGCUGCGUCCGCGUCUUCCGUCGCCUCAGCCCAGCCGACCAUGCCUGCUCCUAUUAAUGCUCCAACGCCCAUGGUGGCUCAGUCGCCGGUAGCCUCAGCUGGCGACUCUGCGGGGCCGUCGUCUUGGGAGACGGGCAGUGCGUCAUCCGUGCGUAGCGAGCCUACGUCUGCAGUCGCGCCGGCGCUUUUAGACCGACCCAUGGGUCAGCAGCACCGCGUCCAGAGCCAAGGCAACAUGCUGGCUGCGGCACACGGCGGCGGCGGUGGUGGUGGCAGCGGUGGGCACGGCGCGCCUCGGGAGGGUGGCGGACGGUCAACCUCAUCCUACCGGGGUCGCACGAGCUAUAACGGCGUCGGUGGUGGCGCAGGGUCCAACAACGCCGGAGGCGGCGGCAGUAGCGGCGUGGGACAUGCUUCCGGUACGAUGUCGGGUAGCGGACAGUAUGGCAACCGGUCGUACGGCAACACCGGCGGAGGCCAGCGGCAUGGAGCUGGGUCGCAUGGCUACGCUUCUCGUGGCGGGCGGUACGAUGCGGGGCAUGCGGGCUCGGCUGAGAGCAGCCGCCCGUCAUCUCGCGGGCCGCCCGCGCAUGGAGGCGGUAGCUACUCGCGACACGCGCACCCAGCCGACCCCGUGCCGCCGCCUGAUGCGCUGCCGUUGCCGGACCCCAAGGGCUCCUGCGACCUCGACCGCUUCAUAUCGCAGAUCGAACCGGUCAUUGCCAUUGACCCCGCCAAGCCGCCGCAGCAAGCGCUUCAGGAGCUGCGUCUGCGGGACCUGUGGAACUUCUACUUUGAGCCCAGCUUGUACGGCAGGGAGGUCUUCACGCUAGGCGGUCACCGGGGCGCCUCCAACUCCUACUUCGUGCCGUACCUGUCAGCCAUCCAGAUCUUCACACGCGCACUGCCCACCGACGUGGGCGGCACCAACCGCCUGUACGUGUCCGAGGACAAUCAGGGCUGGCCCAAGCACAUGCACCUCAAGUUCGAGUACUUCGAGCAUGAGCUGCCCUUCAACCGCUUGCCUCUGUACGACCAAAUCGAGCACUUGUCGGGUACCAUGGCCGCCGCUGCGGCUGCGGCCGCCGCCGGCGGUGGCGGCGGCGGCGGGACGACUUCAGGAGGGGGCGCUUCUUCGGCAGGGUACGCUGCGGGAGCAGGUAGCCGCUCAGCUGCUGCCGCCACUCCCGUUGCUGGUGCUGCUGCCGCUUCCCGGGGUCAGUCUGCCGGAGGUGCGGCUACCGCAGCCGCUGCUAACAGCGCCGCCGCAGCAACGUCAGAACGCCCGGCGGACGCUGCAUCCAAGACGGAGCCGGUGUCCCCCGCCACUGCAGUUGAUGCCGCUGCCAAUGAUCCGGUAGCAAGCUGUACCGGCUCAGCUCGGAUUUCGGAGCAAGGCGAUGGCGAGUCCGCAGCCUUUGCAUCGGAUGGGGAGCCGAGCUCCGGCAAUCAGCCUGCAGAUGAGGCGUCAUCAGAGGCGGAAGCAGCUGCUACGAGUGAGACGGCCGCUUCGGACGCUGCCGCGACACCUUUGGCAGCGCCAACAGCAGCUGACACGGAGUCGGCGGCAUCCGGAGCCCCUGCAAGCACCAGUUCUGCGGCGGAAGCGGAGAUAACCACAACGUCGCAAGAACUAUCAGCGGCCAAGGACGGUGCUGCUCCUGCAGUUCCCGCGGCGACGGCUGCUAGCGCCGGCGUUGCGGCGAACAGCAGCAGCGGUGGCGGCAGCAGCACCAGCCAACCCGACGGCGGUCCACCUAGCGUUGGUGGCAGCAGCGAUAGCACCACCACCAGCAGCGGCGGUAGCGCCACUGGCAACAGCACUACCGCAACCGGGUCCCGGCUGCUGUACGACAUGAGGCUCCUGGAUGUGCACCCCGCCAGCUGGUUCGCGGUGGCAUGGUACCCCGUGUACCGCAUCCCCGAUGCGCCGCUGUAUGCGCGCUUCCUGACGUUCCACUCGUUCGCGCCGCUGGUGGAGUCCAUGCGCAAUGUGCAUGAGCGGCUGGCGAUGGGCCAGGUGGCACCGUGCUGCUUGCUAUCGCUGCCGGUGGUUGGCCUCAACUGGUACAACAUGCAGGGUGAGCGCUGGCUGGAGCCGCUAGACGAGUCGGCGGUGGCGGCGGCGCACCUGCAGGCGCACGGCGGGCCGCCGCAGCCGCCGGCUUCAGCGCCUGGCAGCAUUUCCGGCAGUUCCCCGCGUGUGCCGCCAGUCAGCAGGGGAGGCGGAGGCGGCGGAGGGCGGGUGGGGGGCACGGACGUGUGGUACCAGCACCUGCUGCACAACCUGCAGAGCACCGCGGACCGGCUGGCUCGCGGCGUGGGGCUGCGGGUGCUGGGGCAGCAUGGCGCGGAGGAGGUGCGGCUGCGGGUGCCGGACUACGAGUUCUUCAGGGCCAGGUCGUGAGCAGGCGGCGGGGCCGGCAGCUGAGGAUGCAGGGGCCCGAGCAAGCGGCGGGAGCGGCUGAGAAGUAGGAAGCGGGGUCCUGAGGACUGGGAAGCAGGUGGCGGUAGCGGCAGCUGAGAGGGCAGGCGAGGCGGCUGCGGCAGCGACGGCUCCAAGCUGAGGUUAUUUGAGGAGGAAGCAGCAACAGCCAAGGGUGCGCAGCGGGAGAGGAUGAUGCCGCCCUGCUAGCUGGGGUCUCUCAAGGGCUGAGGCGCGAAGCGGAGUGGUUGAGGGGCUCCUGAGGAGAGGCCGGGAAAGGGAGGCAGCGCUAGCGGAGGUCGGCUUCGUCCUGACGUUAUCGCGCUGCGAGUGCUCGUCGUUGCUGCUGAUAAUGCUGCACAAUCAGCGUACUGACCGCGCCGGCCGGUCACGCGGAUGAGGGGAAUAUUACAGAUGUGAGACCCAUGGGUCGAAGAAGGCUGCCUUCUAUGUGUACCCCCGCAUUUGCGCAUUCUCCUUCAUGCAACUUGCUCGUCACGUGGGCUGGCCAACGGUUUUGCAGGUAAUCGUGAAGAGGACGCGUUUCUCUGGAAAUGUGGAAGGCCCCAGUUCCAGACACACAGCAAAGUGUUAACUACUUUGUCUUUGGCUUAUUUUGCAGAUUAUAGACAGUUAGUUUUGUGUUUCUUUGGUCUUGUCCUGUUUUCCUGUCGGCUCAUGUCCACCUUGUUGCAUGGAACGAGGAGAGAGCUGUGUAGGGGUCGGCGGAAGGUGACAGCUGCUGCUGGUUGAGCGCAGGUUUUGGUGUAUGGCUCACCAGGAGAACGCAAAGUCGGCGCGAGAUGCCGGCUGAGGUGGUGGUGAGAGAAGAGUACCCGUAAUAUGCGCACAUAUAAAGAAAAGAAAAUAUGAGCAGUAAACGGUUUUGGUUCUCGUCGUCGUCGUCCGUCGUGUCAAGACGCGCGUGUUCUGGUUCGUGUGGCUGGUUCUAUUCGCUUUCCCAAGCGGGCGCAGGUUGUCAUCCGUCAUUUUGAGUAGUAUUACCCUAGUCUUUUCUGAGACACGGUUGUGUGAGGUCAGUGUAGUAGUCUAGCCUCUUCUUAGCGCCGUUUCCAGUGUGCUAGCGGCGGUAGUGGCAGGACGGGUUUUGGUGUGGUAGGGUGUUUUUGGUAGAGGGUGAAAAAAGCAAAAUGUGUGGGUCGGCAAAGGACCGUUCCGCUCACCCGACCAGCACGGUAUUUCUUUGUUUGCGUCGCAUUGCGGCAGGCCGCGUACUUAAAAAUACAGACCUCAGCACUCGCAUCCGUUUGAUAGACGUGUGGGUGGGUGUGCAAGUGUGAUGUGAUGCGCCUGUGCUUGUGUGGCUAUGCAAGGGUGGUCCGUGUCCAUGCCGCAACGUAAGUCGCGGGGCUAUGGAUAACGCGACGAGUUGAUUCCGUUUUCGCUUGCGGGCAGUCGCGUGUUCGGACCUGUUUAAGCCUGUCUGACCUGCCGGUUUGGCUUCAUUAAACUUUCAUCAUAGAUGUGCUCCUGCGUGGGAGGAUCGGCAGCUGGUCUGUAGGCGUAUAAUACGCUUUCGGAGUCCUGAUCCUGUCGUUUGGGGUUUCCAGAGUACACUACAACUGCAGCAGCAAUAACGACAACAGUCUAACGGACUUCCUGGCGUGGCGAGUACGGUAUACGGUACACUGAAGGGCUCGGCUUGGUUGACGGCCAACUUUUUUGCAUGUCACAAGCCACGUGUAGAGUUCGCUCUUCGUAUGAGUCUUUGCGGUUAUGUGUGCUUGUGUGUGCGUGCAUGUGUGGUUUUCCGCGGGAGGGUAAGCAGCAGGCACUGAUAGCUACGCUACUCCCCGCGCAUAUCUCUAGAGAGUGUUUCUUCCGAGCUAGUCAACUCAGUGCUUGUAGCGCAUGUGGAAGUGCUCUUCAGAACGGGAUCAAACAUCCUUAAAAAUGGCUGGUGUUUUGGGUGUUAUCCGAACACGCAUGCAUGAUAAAAGAGCAGGAGGGAUGCCGCUGCUCCGUGCUACUGCCAUUGCUGGUGCUGCUGCUUCUGCGCAGCAUGCUGCAUGCCUGAGGGGUUGUAGGCGUUUUGCCGCCGUGAGAGAGAUGGAAAGUUCCGAGCAGGAAGGCAGGGCAGGCGGGCAUUCAGGAUUGCCCCACCAUUUUUGUGGGCCUCAAGGCUGACGUGCCUUGCAUGGCGGAUGACAUGCGCCCUUGUAUGGGCUGGGUCGCAGUUGGUAGUCCCAUGUGCUGCCCUGGAUGGGGUACCAUGCAUACAUACCGUGAUGCGCGGGGUGCCUUGUGAUGGUCCCGCACACCGCGGAAAAAAGUUUCGCGCUACACCAUGUGUUAAUCCGCUCCGCG